GGCCUCGGAAGCAGCGCUGCCUGCCUCGGUCGCGGGGGCCUUGGGCACCAUUGCUGCGAGUUGGGAAGUGCGCACACAGGUGAUUGUGUUGGAUCUUAUGCUGGAGUUCUGUUACAUUGAACUUAUGAUCUUCCUGUAAUUUCAUGGCAAAAGAUUGGUAACCUAAAUAAAGAACUGAUCUUGCAUCACAAUCAAAUGAGCACAGAAUUUUGACACUGAAAAAUAGCCUUCCAGAAUGGAUCACACAUCUUUCGUAAAUAGCAAAGAAGCAAGAAAAACAGAAAACCUGUGAAAGAAGUAUUUUUCCAUAAUUGUACUCCCAGAGUCUACAACCAACUUGCCAACUAAGAGUUUGCCAAAUACAUUGACAUUAACACCGAUCAAUGUGAAUGUUGCACCCCAAAUGAUUAUAAGCACACCACAAAGACUGACCAAUUCAGGGAGUGUUCUGAUUGGGAACCCAUAUACCACAGCGCCAGCCAUGGUCACGCAGACACACAUAACAGAAGCCACUGGCUGGAUUCCAGGGGACAGAAAACGAACUCGAGACUUCAUGGAAUCAGAUUUUUCAGAUAGUAAAAAAAGCAAAAAAGGAGAUAAAAAUGGAAAAGGUCUGAGGCAUUUUUCAAUGAAAGUAUGUGAAAAGGUCCAACGUAAAGGGACAACAUCUUAUAAUGAAGUUGCAGAUGAGCUCGUAUCAGAGUUUACAAAUUCUAAUAGCCACUUGGCUGCAGAUUCGCAGGCUUAUGAUCAGAAGAAUAUUAGACGGAGAGUUUAUGAUGCCCUCAAUGUUUUGAUGGCAAUGAACAUUAUUUCAAAGGAGAAAAAAGAAAUCAAAUGGAUAGGUCUUCCUACAAACUCAGCUCAAGAAUGUCAAAAUCUAGAGAUAGAGAAGCAACGACGUAUAGAACGAAUAAAACAGAAGAGAGCUCAGCUGCAAGAACUUCUACUGCAGCAAAUUGCUUUCAAAAAUUUGGUACAAAGAAAUCAACAAAGUGAGCAUCAGACGCAGGGACUCCCACUUGUUAAUUCUACAAUACAACUGCCUUUUCUAGUAAUAAACACAAGCAAAAAAACAAUUAUAGAUUGCAGCAUCUCUUCUGACAAAUUUGAAUAUCUUUUUAAUUUUAAUACUACUUUUGAAAUCCAUGAGGACACUGAAGUAUUGAAGCGUAUGGGAAUGUCUCUUGGCCUAGAGGCAGGCAAAUGCUCACCAGAAGACCUAAGAACUGCUAAAUCACUAGUGCCUAAAGCGUUAGAAAGCUAUGUUACAGAUAUGUCUUCAGGAGUUUGUUGGGUGAACCAGGAGUUAGUUUUAAAUUCAGCUCAAGCAGCUUCUACUUUAGGCAAAGCUGGUGACACUGCUAUUUUUAAAUCAAGUGGAAAUCCAGAACUAUGUCUGGAUGCUGAAGUGGCCUUAGCAACAGGACAACUACUGGCCCCCAGCAGUCAGCAGUCCAGCAGUGCAACAUCAUACUACUCAGAGUCACGUGGUGAAACCCCCUGCUCAUUCAAUGAUGAGGAUGAGGAUGAAAAUGAUUCGUCUUCACCAGAAUAGAGACACACCAGCCAUAUGAAAUGCUGCUUUUGAGCACUAUUUGCAUGAGCUUACGUUCUUUAUGUAGCGUUCUUCCACAUUUUGCCUCUUUGUCCUAUGUGUUUUAUUAAUGUUUGGAAAAGAUUCAUCCAAUGUCAGAUUGAAAGCUGCUUAUAAUAAGUACAGGCAUUGUACUUUUACAGAGCAAGGAAAGAGUGUGAUUUCAGUACUUGAACCUAUGGACGUAGUAUUGAAUGUGAAGGGCCUCCCAACGGGAAAAUGGGCUUUUUGGAGUGACACUAGUAAAUGUCAUUGGUACCUGCAUCCAGUCUACAGGAGCAAUAUGACUCUUCUUUCCUUCCCUUUUCCCUAUACCUGCUCAGCAGUUUGAGGCGCAAUCUUUAGCCCUUGUGCAUGGGUUACUCCUCAAAUUGCAUGGAGCAUCAGCAAAUAUGUGUCUGUAGUUAUGUGUUCUAGUUCCCACUGGAAAAUUGCCGGUUGAUGAGGGAGCUGCAAGGGGGCUUGGCCAGUUGAAUGCAUUGGGGCCUCCCAUAGGAGCCAAAUCUUCAGUCCUUCCUGGAUCUAGAGUGGCUACCUGACUCCCAUUAAAGGAAGUAAUAGAUAAUAAAGAUAACAGGCUUUGAUAGGCACAUGGUCAUUGUGCAACUGUACACCUGCCCUAGUGGGCCCAAAUGCAGAGCAGUUGGAUUAGCACAUAGUGCCUUUUUUUUUAAAGAGCAAAGGACUAGAACACCUACCAAAAAGGUCUGGCAGAGCAAAAAUACAGUACAGAGUGGGGAAACCUGCACCAUUCUGCUUCCUGUAUCAUGGGAUAAUGCUUCCUUGGUUGCUUUCUUUUGUCCCAUUCAUCACGUAAGAUGCUCACUCUUAAGGCAAUUUUCUGUUCAUUUUUCUACAGAUUAUAUUUAAAGCCACCAUGUCUAAUAAGAUUAUGGUAGAGAGGCUAUUGAUGUAUGUUUUGUACUAAUCCAUUUUCUAUGUACAGAAGUAGUAAUACAGAUGCCUGCAGGCAAAUAUGUUUUGAACUUGAACACUUCUACUUUAAGUUACUACACAUUUAGCAUUAGUAUUUCAGCAGGUUACUAUUUUCUCCCUCUAUUAUCCAUUAUUAAGCAGUAUUUCCUGCAUCUGUUCAUUUUUUUUAAAGCCAGAAAUGAAAUUAUAUUGAAAGAUUUUUUUUAAAAAAAUGGUAAAGGGAGUUUCAGUUGUAACAAAGUAUAAUCUUUCUUCCCAUGUAGUCUUACAUUUUUAUCAAACCUUGGCAGUUUUAGAUGACAGAUAGGGAAGUAUAUUCCAUUGCUCACAAUGAUGAAUAUCAUAACCUAAGGACAUUUUGUAGUUAUAUGAAGCAGUUUCAGCUAAAGUUGGUGUGCUUUAGUUAUGGGUAAAUAAAAGGGAUUUUUUUAAGCUUGGGACUGAAUGUACUAUUUCCAUCACAGAAAUAUUUUUUCAACUUUAUUUUAGUCUUUGAGGUACAUUGCUACCAGGAGAUGCCUGUUCCAAUGUUUAAAAUUGCUUUCUGUGUGAGAUUUGGCAAAUUAUUAGGCAAACUUCCAUAUAUCUCAAACGCAGAAUUUUACCAAGCUCCAUAUAUAGAACAGAGCUUUAAUUGAACAGGCUGAACUGUAUCAAAAUACUGGCCAAAUGAGGAGGAAGGUGCUCAGCCCCUUAAUUCAAAGCAUGAAAAUAUAGUUACUUUCUCUCUGCUCUUUAACUUUUUUUUUUUAAUCCAGUGUAACUGAAGGAAAAACUGCAUUAUGGUUAGGAGAUGCAUAUGUCUUUUUAUGUGAGUCUGCCCAUUCAUGCAUACAGUGAGGGUUUGAGGGUUCACUUUAAAGGGCUAUAGCUCCCCUCUUCAGCCAUUUAUGUCUGUGUGACUUAUCCUUCCAGGGGCUUUUUCCUCAGCUGUCUUUUAAUACCUGAUAUAAGUUCGCCUGAUCAGGAAGAUAUGAGGGCAGGGAAAGAGCCUGUAAGACCCCACCAGCACAAUUAUUUGGCCUUGAAAUCAUAUUCCCACUCCCCUCUUUUUACAAAAAUAUACAGCCUCAUGUUUAAAGCUGUAGGUCUCACUUUGUCGUUUGGACCUUAUAGCAAGCAAAAAAUAAUAAAUCAACACUAUUAUUACAUGAAAUAUAGAAUAAAAGGCAGGACUUUUAGGGGGAAAUGUGGGAAAUGAUACUCAUUCGUGUUGCAUUUACUCCAAACAAGUAUUCGCUUCUUGUGUAUGACACAGCUGUUCUACAUGUGCCCAUACCUAAUCCUAGUGCAUUCAGAAAACAACAGCAUAUUCACUGCUUUGCCUUCUUCACUCAAACUUGUGAAAUAUCAGGCUAUCUGCAAGUGAUCAAAAGUUCUAUGUUGAUUUGUGGAGCAGAUCUGCAGACCUGUUUUCAUAUGUGCAGCUCUUGUAUGCACAAGUGGGCAAAACUAUGGUGCCAUAUAGAUGGUGGGUCAGUCCUUUCUAGACUAGCUGUGUGCAUCUUAAUACAGGCUGAAUGUCUAUAUCACAGUAUUGUAUGUGAUUUGGUUUUACACAGUACCUGAACUCAAGUAGGAUGGGCAGCAGGGGCAUUCAGUCCAUUCUCCCACGCUUCAAAACACAGGUGAUAUUCCUCAGGAAUUUCAGAAUCCUGUAAUUAUGUGGUAUAAAAAAAUAACCAGAACUAAUUCUCUUAAAUACACUUUUAAAAUCUAGAGUAUAUCCAAGAACAAGUCUCUGGAUGUUGGUAUGGAUCUUGUUUUCUAAUGCAUUCAAGUUGCAAAUGAGAUUUCCAAGUUGCAACACACACGCACCCAAAAAAUUAAACUCCUACCCCCUGCAUUUUUGUGAGUAUUCUGGAUCUAGGUCUGAAGAAGUACAUAUGACCAGUAAUCAACAUAAUUGCCCCUGUUCAAUUUUAGAUUUUUUAAAAUAUAUUUGAUAUAUUUUAAUGCAGGAGCUUUUGAAAUAAAAGGUUACAUGAAUCUACUGACCCUGCCAGUUGUGUGUUUCAAGAGGAAACAUUUUCUGUAUGUAUGAGUCCAGGAAAUUCAAAUUAUGCCCCAGGAAAAGUUGAAUUCCAUGAUAAUUUCUCUUCACUGUGUUAUUUUGUAAUGAUUUACUGUUCUGUAUAAUUUAUUUUCGUUUCGUUAGGAGGGGCACAACAUUAGGUAGGGCAUUAAAGCCCCACCUCCACCAUUGGAACUUUGAUUCAGCAAACUUUCCUAAGACUUCAGCAGGCAUUUAUCCGCCUUGAGUCCCAGCACUGGGGAAAAGGUGGAAUAAUAAUAAUAAAAGUAAUAAUAAUCAUCCAUAUACUUUUAAGUAUAUCUACAUAACAAUAAGGGCUGGAAACUUGCUGUUUAGAAUUGUGAACCUCAUACCACAUUCUGAGCUUUUCUCCAUUUUACUGAAUUUGCAGUAUAUAGCCAGUAUAUUCUGGCUAUAUUUAGUAAUCAGACUCAAGAGGAAACUUUGGACCAAUAGGGCUCAGUCCAGUUCUUUUGCAGCUGUAAUAUUUCACAGAGCAUAACAGAACCCUGUUCUCUCCCUUGGUUUGUACACAUAGGCAGCCAUACACAGGGAAUGGGAGACUGGCAUUCUUUCACCAAGCAGAGUAGGAAGGGAUGGGCAGUAAUAUGAGAGGAGCGCACAGACAUCCUUUUCCUUGUAACGUUAUGCCUUAUAGGAAUCCUUCCACAUGUAAGUGCUGCACUCACAGUAGGACUGGAUUGAGCUCUUUCAUUUCGUCAGAGGAAACUUGCAAUCCUGACUGGAAAAGAGACAAAAUGUACCUUAGCCAAAGAAACUGCCCAUAUGGCAUCAAUACUAUAGAAGACCUUGGUCAUUAUUUUCAGAUAUGUUCUUUUUGUACUCCAGCAUUUGGGGAAGGGGGAAUGAAGUUUGGUGGAAAAGUUUGAACAUUUUGUAAAAUAAAUAUGGGACAAUCAAAAUAAUAUAUAUGUUCACAAACUAUUGUAGAAUUUUGCUGUGGGCAUAGAAAGUAAGAGCAAAUUUGAAAGGCUCUUAAUAAUGUUUUUAAACGAGCCAUUACUGGGUGUAAUAUUUGUAUUUUUUGUUUAUGAAAAAAUGUAGAUUGCUUCUUACUUUUAUAAGAAAAAAAUGCCUUAAUUCAAUCUUACCACCAGUAAUUUUCAUCAUACAAACACACUACUGUCACUAACAGAAGUGAUGCUAAAAACAUAACACAUGAAUUAAGCCUCAAUGUAACAUUGGGAAAGAUUAUUUCUAUCAGUUCUGUAAACUGCACAGUUAAAUACAAUGGUAGUAGGCUGUUGUGUGCAUUUCAACAACAUUGCCAGAAGAGUAUGAGUUGCUUUUUCUAAUAAAUUGCAACCAUUUUGUGUCAUCCCUCCCCCGAUGUUCAUUUUUUAUAUAAAGUGUCCUAUUUUCCUACCAGAAUCUCUGGUGUAAAAGCAUUCUUGUCUUUACCAAAAUGUUGACAGUGGUGUUUCUCCAAAUUAAAUAUCUAAAGGCCUAUUUAAAGGUUGCUCCACACACACACACUCUGUGGAACUGUAGCAGCAUGGAAACAUGUCACAUGAUGCAAUGUUCCAUGUGGCCAGCUUCUAUACACUUGGAGCAGCUACCACACACAUGAUACUUCAACCUGUAAACCCAGCCCAGCACACUGUGACAAGUUUAGUCUAGUUCAUAAAUGAACUUGCAGAAGAUUUAAUGUUUCAUGGACUACCAGAUACUUUAAAAUUCUGUUUUAUUGCUAAGCUUUUGUAGAGAAACUGCUGGAUUUUUGUUUUAUGUUUGCUUUAUGAAUAAUUUUUAUUUACUACCAGAUAAUAUUUACAGUUUGUGUGGCUAGUUAAAAGUCUGAAAAAUGUAGUAUUGUUUGUGUCUUAAGAGAGCAAAGAAACACAUAUAGUUUUACUGUGAGACCGUUGCUAUUAGAAAUAUGUGUCAGCUCCAAAAGGAAAAAGUUGAUUUGUAGUAUCACACACUUUAUAAAUAAAUACCCAUUAUUUUUUUAUGGAAAUUUUAUAUAAGAAUCUAUUUCGGUAUAUUUCAAGUGAUCCUGUAUUUUAUUAAAAUGCUGCAAGUGAGGAUUGUGCACAACAGGGCAAGUAUUUGCAUCUGAUUGAAAUGAAAAGCAUGCAUAUUCUGAAGAAAAAUAAUAUCCAGCUGUUUGUGACCUGAGAAGUAAAACUAAACUGUAGAACAGAAUAAAAUAAUUUAAAGACAA